GUUUAUUUGCGCCACGUCCAUGCCGUUCGCAACCCGCCAUUCUUUUGCGCGUCUUUUCGAAAUGAAAUGCGCUGUUCACGCUCAGGAAUGACGCUCCCGUUACCGGCGGCUCGGUGAGAUACGGACUGAAUCGUUAAGUUUGUUAUGCUGCAGAUGUAAACCCGGUGGAUUCAGGCUCGCUCUCACACCGGAGCGGAGCGGACACGUCCCGGUCCAAUGCGCUGUUUGUUGCGGUCAGGCUUCUGGAGCGCGGGAGGAUGGAUGAAGUGGAGCCGGUGUGUGAUGUGCACCCUGCUCCUCCUGCACCCUGCAUUCGCCAUAUACGAUGAGGACAAGGUCGAGACAUUGGGUCGUUCUGCUGUGUCACCAGUUCCCACUGGGGCUUCGAAGAUCUUUUUACCUACAGAUGAGGAUGGAGGUCCUCUUUCGCGGUCGAGCUCGGCAUCAGCAGGGCCGGUGCAGGAAACCAGAGAGCAGGCUGUAUUCUCCUCAGUGCUGACGCUAAGGACCAACUCAGAAUCACUGGUGCAAUACCCAGCCUCGUCACACUCAAACAUUUACAAUCUGUCUAAUCACAAAACCCAAGAGGAGCCGGAGGUUCGACCACAACCUCCAACCAAGAGUGCCAUAAGCACAGGUUCAGAAGAUGCUCUCCCUCUGAACCCAGACCUCCCUACAGCACCUGGUACCUCCAUCCUAACAGUGGAGAAGACAGAACCUACUAAUGGAACCCACCCAGUCUCUGACUCCACUCUAGUGUCCAAUAGUACGUCUUCAAAAUCCUCAAACAAUCACACCAUCCCAGACACUGUAACCAGCGACAGCCUCCAGCUCACCACAGUGACAAUCACCCCGUCCACGCCCCUAAAUGUGACUGGCAGAACUGUGACGCUUCCCAGUACCAGUCCCGAGACCACAGAGGUUACUACUACACCAGCCCCAACCACAACUACCACAGAAACCACAACGAUUGCAACCAAGCCUCCCACGACGACGACGACUACAACUACUACAACAACAACAACGACCACUACAACAACAACCGUACCACCUACAACCACUACAUUAGCAACUACAACCACUCAAAGCUCCACCAUAGCUACAACAAAAUCCACCACCACUGAGCCGAGUACCACCACUGAGAGUCCAACUUCAUUCUGCAACAUUACAGAGAAGCUGUGGGUCAGAACUGUUCUGUCCAUCCACCUGAAGAGGAAUUAUCUGGAGAAUGGACUGAAGCAGAACUUGGUUAAAGGGUUAACUCUGGCACAUCAGAGGGCCUUCAAUGACUCCAAAAUUCGAAUACAGCUGGAGCGAGAUGUGUGCACACAAUCCAACGUCACUCUGGGGUAUUACGUCAUGAGCGAGAAGAUGGUGUAUAUGGCAGCAGUGGUGGUGGAGACUCUGACCUCUUAUGGCUUUGACAAGAUCCUGAGUCACAUCAGACAGUUCACGCCUCAUGUGCUGGGCAUCCCUGUUCCUGUAGCACACUGGGUGCCAUUCCCAGGCAUUCAUCUUCAGCUUAAAACUGUUCUUAGGUUUGUAAGUCCGACAGACAACAUCAAGUCGUGCAGCUUUGUUCAGGUGAUGGAGCAGCGUUUGUUAAACGUGUUUUCUGAAGCUCUGGAAAAGGUGGAUGAUUUGUACGGGACUCUUUCUGUUGAGAUCCUAAACACCUAUCAGACAGGUAACUCUCUGGCCGUGUCGUUGGUGUAUGUGGUGUGGAACGGCACUGUGGCGCUGAAUGGCACCGUAGCGAGCUCGCUAAUUAACCAGCUGAGCGCUGAACUUGUUGGAUAUUUCCUCUACUUCCCCCCCAUGGUCAUUGCAGAACCACUUGAGUACCACAACCUGAACACCUCAGCGGCAACCAGGGAAUACUGGGUAAUCACAGUAAUUCAGGACGUGGACAGCUCAUCUUUGGAAGGCAGUUAUCAGAGUUUUGCUAGUAUGAUGGAACAGCGUUUAGCUGAGCUUUUUCUCGUUGCUGGGCGUCAUGGCCUCAGGACCAAACGGGCCACCACUGUUGGUGGAUACACAGUGCAGAUGGUCAGUAUCCGCCGUCUGCCUGGUCCCAAGAACCCAGCUGAGAUGACCUACUACGUCCAGGUGGAUGGUGCUCCCAUAGCUGGUACAUCUGCUGCCAAAACGCUAAACAUGGUGGACUCACAGACCAUGGCCCUCACGCUGGGGUACUUCGUCCAGGUCCAAGCUGAGCCCAUGGUGAAGAGUGUACCCAGUAACCUUUGGAUCCUGGCUGUUCUGACUCCGGUGUCGUUGGUGAUCGUUGUGAUUGUUAUGGCGGUCGCGAUCAUCUGCAGGAGGAAUCGCAGCAUCUUCAAGAGCAGCACAUUCCGCGGAUUCCACCCGCGCAGCAAGACCUCGUAUCGGAGGGACGGCAGCUACCAUCAUCAGCCCGUGCAGGGUUUUGACUACGCUAAGCAGCACAUGGGUCAGCAGGGUGAAGAUACACUGGCCGUCACUAAAGAGACUCUCAUGCUGUCGCUUCCUGUACGGGAUGCUCCACUAACGCAGGAUAUAGGAGUCCUACAGGAUGGUACAGCCUCCAAAAGACCACAGUCUACUGAGAUGCACCGCAGCAAAUUGCCAAGUGACGAAGGCUCCGUCUCAAGCAAUGGCUCUGCGAAGCUGAACACGUGCAGGAGCUCCUCGGUACACAGGAACACGGGACAGAAAUCGGCCAAGGAGGAGACACACACCAGGACUGAGCAUUUCGAUUCUCUGACUGGCUCUCUGAGACUAAUCAGCAUUAAACCCAUGACUGCUUCACUCAACUACUCGUACCCUGACUCAUCAAAUCACAGCCAGGACUCAGUAAUGCUCAAUGGAGAGGCAAACAUGGGCUUGAAGCAAAAGUCUGAUAUCGAGCACUACAGAAACAAGCUGCGUCUUAAAGCUAAAAGGAAAGGCUACAGCGAUGGGCCAGCGAGCAGCAGUGGACACCGACACAGCCAUAGAGAGAGGCUAAGACGAGAAAAUGCCUCCCUGGACCUGGAGGACACUAGGGGAAAGGCCGAGGAUAGAAAUCCAUCCACUUACGUCAAAUACCACAGAAGUGAAAGUCAGAGGGAGCCAGCGUACUGGAGCAGACAGUCUCUGAACACACCAAGUCCUGUAGAGACCGAGCUGGAUCUGUUGGUGAUGAGGGAGCGAGCCAGGAGGGGCAUCCGAAACAGUGGCUAUGACGCUGAGCCAGAACCAUUUGAAGAAACAGACGUGGACCGACUCAUGAACUCCCUGGGUUUCAGAGGCAGCCAGCAGCUCAAAGGUCACUCAGACUCGUCCACACUGAGCUCCCAGCCUUCCAUCGAUGAAGUGCGGCAGCAGAUGCACCUGCUGCUAGAUAACGCCUUCGGUUUAGCGUCAGCUGAGCCGUCCUCACGUAGUCGUCACCAGCACCACUCCCGACGUGGCCCCCACCCUUCCUACCCUCCAACUCAGAGCAAUCCCUAUGUGGACGGAGUGACCAGCGCCCCAGGCACCAUGGACCACCCGGUGGGAGCUCUGCAGCGUGGCCCAUCCUUUGAGCCUGACAUGCACCAGUGUAGCCUCCCCAAACCUGGCUUCAGGUUCACCCAGCUGCCUGAUAUGAGUUUGGGCUCACCACCCCCUCUUAUAUCACCUCGAACUGGAGCACCACCUGGAACCUCAGUACGCCGCUCUACACCAGACAUGAGUCUAAAGCCGCGAGUCUCCGAGGCCUCAGAGAUGAAUCAGCACAACGGCGCCCCCUACCUGCCCAUCAACAGAGCUCCUUUCCCGGCUGUCACCGUCGACCAGUCCAUGUCAAGCUACUCAGGAAACCCAAUGACAGCUGUUUAUGCCAUAUCAGCAAACCGACCCGGCUACUCUGACUACUUUGUACUGUCACCACCAUCCUCGUACCGCAGCCCAUCAUGGAUGUCAUACCCACCAGAGCCUGACGACCUCCCCCACCAGUGGAGUGACACGAACGCGUGUCAUUUGGAGACCAUCUGCUGAGCUGAAUGGGCUGACUGGGCACAGAAAUCCAUCUGGGCUUUGUACAGUAGAUGAGAAUGCCCUGACCAUCACAGCAGCCCACACAGGUCCUGGCUCUCUGGUCUAACCGGGCCAAUCUAGCCGACCAGAAGGCCCUAAGGCCUAAGGAUGGCCUCAAAAGACAAGGCAGGCCUGGAAGACCUAAACGGCCCCAAGCAGACAUGACCAGGCCCAACCAGGACCAUCAAUCACAAUCUCAGCCAUUCACCAGAGCUUUUCUAGGAUGCUCUUUUCUUCAUAUCCUCCAAAGUCCCAACACGAUCAUGCUGGCUCAGAUUAGCGGCCAAAUCUUUUCUGGAAGCUUUUUAAGUCUCCUUCCAGACAUGAAGCAGGUGGGGUUUUAUCUGUGUGUGUUUUAAACAUAAGCUUAUAAAACUAGAAAUCUUCUUUAUCUCGAUCAGAUGCCUCUCUGUGUCUUGCUCUGUCAAUUAGAACAUCGAGGCAGGUUUAUCGCAGAUGAUUCUUUUGUGUGUUCAGUGUACGGCUUACAUAAAAAUGACCUGGUGUU